AUGAUGAAAUUGAAGACUAAAACGACUGGCCUAUCACAGAUGAAGGGUAGUUCCGCCGUCGGUGACGACCGGCCGAUGGAUUGGGAAUUAAGGCCAGGAGGAAUGUUUGUUCAGAAGAGAACCCCUGAUUCCGACGGGGAAUCGACUCCAACGCCGACGAUCAGAGUUAAAGUCAAAUACGGUUCUACUUACCACGAAAUUAGUAUCAGUUCUCAAGGCACAUUUGGGGAACUGAAGAAGAUGUUGGUAGGACCUACAGGAUUGCACCAUCAAGAUCAGAAGCUGUUGUUCAAAAAGAAGGAGAGAGAUUCAAAGGCCUUUCUGGACAGUUGUGGGGUAAGAAACAAAUCCAAGAUUGUUCUAAUGGAAGACCCAAUUAGCCAAGAAAGAAGGUACGUUGAGAUGAGGAAGAAUGCCAAAAUGGAGAAAGCUUCCAAAUCCAUAUCAGAAAUUAGCUUGGAAGUUGAUAAACUUGCAGGACAGGUUUCUGCUUUGGAAUCUGUGGUCUGUAAAGGUGGGAAGGUUGCUGAGAAUGAUGUGCUGAAUUUGAUUGAUUUGUUGAUGAAUGAAUUGCUCAAAUUGGAUGCUAUUAUGGGCGAUGGAGAUGUCAAGUUGCAGAGGAAAAUGCAGGUAAAAAGAGUGCAAAAGUAUGUUGAAACUCUUGAUUUGUUGAAGAUUAAGAACUCCAUGGCUACAAUUCAAACACAAACUCACAACACCAACAAUUCCAAUCAUCAAAGACAAACAAGUAGGCCUUCCUUUGCAAACACCAAACUAUCAACAAUUCAAGAGGAGCAGCAUUCCACGAAGCCAACGACAGCAUCCAGCACUGUGGUCACAACAAAAUGGGAGAUAUUUGAUGCUUCCCCGUCGAUCGCGCCCACCGAGCAUGCCAUCCUGCCGAGGUUCAACUGGGAAUUCUUCGAGUGAGAGCCAUAGGCAUACAUUUUGUGAGGAUUUGUGAUUUGAAUUCAGAUUUAGCUGGUUUGGCCCCUUAUCAUAUCAGUGUGAGCCCUCCAUUCUUUACUGUAUUUAGAUGAAAAUUUAGAGAGACACCCACCUCCCCCUUCUCAGGAAAUAAAUGGGGUUAUUACUACAGUAGCGAUCAUCAAUUUUCUGUUGUGGCAUUACAAUAAACCUCUGCUUUGUCUUUCUCUUAAUCCAACCAUAUCCUGAAGAACAAAGUUGAUA